UCUUCUGGUCCCAGGCGCUGCGGGAGCCUCGGCUUACCGUGCAGACAUGGCCAAGUCCAAGAACCACAUCACACACAACCAGUCCCGCAAAUGGCACAGAAGUGGCAUCAAGAAACCCUGGUCACAAAGAUACUCGAAUCUCUUAAGGGGGUCAAUCCCAAGUUUCUGAGGAACAUGUGCUUAAGAAGCACAACAAGAAAGGCCUGAAGAAGAUGCAGGCCAACAAUGCCAAGGCAGUGAGUGCACGAGCAGAGGCCAUCAAGGCCCUCGUGAAGCCUCAGGCGGUCAAGCCCAAGGUGCCAAAGGUCUCCAGUCGAAAACUCUGCCAUCUGGCUUUCAGUGCUCACCCCAAGCUUGGGAAGAAGAUUCGAAGCUACAUGGCCAAGGGUUGUAGGCUCUGCCAACCAAAGCCCAAGGUUCAACCCAAGGCAGAGACCAAAGCUCCAGCUAAGGCCCAGGCUGCAGCUCCAGCCCAGGCUCCCAAGGGUGCCCAGGCCCCUGUGAAGGCCCCAUAGAAAAGGCUUCUGCCAGUGUGAAGACAGAUGGACUGCUGUGACACACCCACCUAUACACCAUUGCAGAUGACCAGUGUCCUAUGCUGUUUUUACAAAUAAACUUGAGACAAGAUCUGUUAAAAAAAAAAAAAAAAGCUUUAGAAUAUUAGUAAGCCUUAAAGAAGAAUCAGAGCCUUUCCGCCGGGGCAGCCAUCUUCCAAUAACUCGCCGAAAUGACGAACACAAAAGGAAAGAGGAGGGGUACUCGGUAUAUGUUCUCUAGACCUUUUAGGAAACAUGGAGUCGUUCCUUUGGCCACAUACAUGCUAAUCUACAAGAAGGGUGAUAUUGUAGACAUCAAGGGAAUGGGCACUGUUCAAAAAGGAAUGCCCCAUAAGUGUUACCAUGGCAAAACCGGAAGAGUCUACAAUGUCACCCAGCAUGCCGUGGGCAUCAUUGUAAACAAGCAAGUUAAAGGCAAGAUUCUGGCCAAGAGGAUCAAUGUGCAGAUUGAGCACAUCAAGCACUCAAAGAGCAGAGACAGCUUCCUGAAGCGGGUGAAGGAGAACGAUCAGAAGAAAAAGGAAGCCAAAGAGAAGGGCACCUGGGUUCAGCUGAAGCGCCAGCCUGCGCCACCCAGAGAAGCCCACUUUGUGAGGACUAACGGAAAGGAGCCUGAGCUGCUGGAGCCCAUUCCAUACGAAUUCAUGGCCUAAUGUAUACAAAGGAAAUAAAGAACCUGGACUGCAAAGUCUU